AUGUCAACGCCGUACCCUAUAUCUUCUUCCUCUCCAGAAAGAAAAUCUAAAAGCAAUAGACCUCCACCACCUCCCAUUUCAAAUUUACACGAUAAUAUUAUAUCACUGAAUCAGCAAAAGAAUCGCGAACCUCUUAAAUCACCAGAUAGUUAUAGAUCCCCUUUCAUAUUCGAAUCAUCAACUAGCAUUUCACCAACAAAUAGGAAUAACUCUCCGACUUAUCCAUCGCCUUUCAUUGGAGAAAAUGAUCCCAACAUAUAUAAAACUUCUUCUGAUCUAACUAAUAAUUCGAAUUUUAGAAGUGGUUCCAAUUUAUCAAGUUCACAAAACAAUUUUAGAAAAAUAUCGUCUCAAUUUGGCUUACUCAGUGGAACAAUAUCAGACAAUCCAACAUUUUUUGAAAGACCUUCGAUGCCAAAAUCAAUUCCUGUCUCUAGUAGAAAUAUUAGUUGGACAAGUAGAAUAUCUGACAGUAUUGAUAGCGUAUAUACUGAUUCAAACUACACAUUUAAUAAUUCAAAUGCCAGGCACAGUAGUUUCAAUUCCCUACUAGGAGGAAAACCAUUGGAAUUGGCACCAAGUCUAACAGCCCCAAUACAACCUUUUUCGAUGAACUUUUUGGAUGAAAAUAAAUUGUACCAAUGUUAUAGUGUUUCAAAAUUGUCUGAUAUAUAUGAAUGGAUCCUAAAAGUAUAUUUCGAAUGGUUUAACGAAUGUUUUUUUAAUAAAAUUGAAUUUUUUCAAAUGAUUCAAUUAUUAUUAGAAUUCCAAAUGCCAAAAACUUUUGACCAAGACAUUAUAGAUUCCAAUGUCGAUAGAAUAAUUGAGUCUCUUGUGUCACAAGGUGCUGUUCGAUUCGAAGUAGACUCGGAUAACUUUUCUUCUAGUGCAGCUUUGAAUAAUACUAAUCUAAAUUCCAAUAAUGAGAUUGCAAUAAUAGUAUCAGGCUUAGAUGUUAGUGGAAUUUUCACAGAAUUGUUACCUUGUUAUUCUUUCCUAGAUACUACUGAAACAGAUGGAAAUUCGAAUUUAUGUUACUCUUACACCUGUCUGAAUAGAUUUUCUGGUGAUGGGAGAGAUAAAGUUGAAUUAUCAGAAAUCAUUAAUAAAUCAGUAGGUUUGUGGACAGAAUAUUGGAAAUUAACACCUGAGGAAUUAUCUGAAAUUAACCCUAGAGAAAUACAGAGACAAAGUUUCAUAUUCGAUUUAAUUAUACUAGAAGAGAGGUCAUUAAAUAUGGCUAAUGCAGCAGUAGAAAUUUAUGGUAAAAGGUUUUCACCCGAUUUACUUCCUGAAGAUACAGAUUUCUCAUCACUUGCAUUUGACAUCUUUGAACCUUUGAUUCGUAUUCACAAAGAGUUAUUACUAGAUCCAAUAUUUUGGAAGUUAAAAACAAGAGGGAAGUUUAUUGAUUUAAUUGGGAAAAUAUAUCUCAAAUGGUGCCAUGAGGCAAAAGACAUGUACAUAAAUUAUGCAGUAUCUAUGGCGACGGUUCAUGAAAUAAUUACUUGGGAAAAACAGCACAAUACUGCAUUUGCAAGGUGGUUAAAAGAUAUAGAUAAUUUACCAGAUAUUAGAAGGUCAAAGAUGUAUUACGAUGUUAUUUUUUUUGGAGGUUUUUUUAAGUCAUUGCAAAAUUUACCAAUAACUCUUAACUCAGUUUGGAAAAACACAGAUGCUUCAAUGGAAGAUUAUCAUGAUCUUCAAUUGGCAAUAAAAGAGAUCGAAAAUUUAAGUUCAGAGGUUGAUAGAGUGCACGGCAUAGCAAUCGAUCGUAGAAAACUAGUUCGUUUCUCAAAGCAACUUGUUUACGACAAAAAGAAUAGUUUUCCAGUGGGCUAUGUGAACUUGAGUAGUACUCAAGAAGAAAAGGAAAAAACUCAAGAUAAACUUGAGUUAGGUUUGAGCGAUAACAAUAGAAAAUUAUUGAUGUCAGGUAUAGUGCAUAAAAAGAGAGAGUUAUGGUUAGAUCCAACAGAGAUCUAUUUGGCGUUAUUGGAUAAUUUCUUACUUAUUACAGAAAGAGUAAUAAAGGGAGAUGUUGAAAAUUAUAAACUCGUUGAAAGACCUAUUCCAAUCGAAUAUUUGAAUUUGGAAAAACGAAAAAAGCAAGAGGAGGAUAGAUCUAGUUCAUAUAUUCCAAAUACUCCUAUUAGCUCUGUGAGACCGAAUUUGAUAUCAGCUGCAAGUACAGUUUCCAAAUCAUUAAUUGCAACACCCACAAAGGAAACCUACCAUUCUACGGAAAUAUCCAAUGUAGGAGGAGCAUCUGAAUUCAGUUUCAAGGUAAGAAAUUUAGCAACAAAUGAGUCCUAUACUUUUUUAACAUCAACUAAUGAUGAAAAUGAGAGAUGGAUAGCGUCAUUCUUAGUUUGUUUCAAACAAAAUGACAAUUUGUUAUCUACGAUUGUUUUUUCUUUGAAUGUUAUUACAGAUCAAUUUUUAUAUGCAGAAAAGGAUGCUCCCGUUAACUUGCCAAUGGCACCUGAAGGUUCUGAGUUAGAUAAUGCUCUUCGUAAAUAUGAAGAAGAAAAUGUUGAUAAUUCCAGUAAAAUUUUAUUACCUUCUGCUAUAUUUUGCUCUGUGUCUAUCAGCUUUGAGGGUAAUCGAUAUACUUUACUUGCCAUAGAACAAGGUGUGUUUAUGAAGAAGGAAGAUAAGAUAGGAAGAAAUUUUGUAAAGCUUCUAGAUUGCAAAGCAGUAAAAUGCAUGGAAGUCAACAUCAAGCUUGGGUUGUUAUUUAUACUAGAUAACAGAAGAUUGUGUUAUUAUAAUAUUCCAAGUAUUUUAGGUGCUUAUUAUGCUCCAAAGAAAUAUUUACCCAACAAUAGAAUAGUAGGUAUUCUGAUUAGAGACAAAGUUAGUUGCUUCAAAAUGGCAGAAGAUUUUGGUAAUUCAAAACAUCUUCUGUAUGAAAGAAAAGGUAAAAUAGUAAUUUUAACUCCUGAAUUUGAUAAGUUGACUAAUUCAUUCAAAUUUUAUAAAAUAUACAAGAAAUAUCUAUUACCUAUCUCUACUUCAAGUUUGUUAACGUUAGAGAUACAUGAUAUAGUAGUGUUCAAAAAAUCAUUUAUUGUCUGUACAUCCAAGGGAAAUUUUGUCUUUAACGACUCAUUCAAUGAUACUGGCAUAUCUAUACCCACUUUCUUCAAUGACAAAGAUAUUUACCCAAGCAUUAAAUCAUCACAUUUCACUAAUACGAUUAAGAAUACAGUUGAACCUUCUUCCAAAAAGGAAGCAUCAAAAUAUAAGAUGGUCGAAUAUGUGAAGAAAGAUAUAGCUAAUAAGAAAACAAAAACGUGUACUUGUUUCCAAAUAUCAAAUACUUCCCAAUUCAUUGUAGUAUAUGAUGAGGCAGUUAUAUUGUUGAAUCAAUUCGGUGAAAUAGCAGAUUGGAAAAAUGACAUAAUGGUCCUGGAUUUCUGUUGCACUAAUGCAUCUCUCAUAAAAAAUUAUUUAUUACUGGUUAGUGAUAAUCUGAUCCAAAUUUAUAAUAUAAACUCUAAUAUAAAAUUGAGUAAGCUUACACCAAUUCAGAUUCUUAAAGGCAAAAAAAUAAAAAUGAUCAAUUCAAACAAAACCGAGAACUUGAUUGUUUCCAUUAGCCACCCUAAUAUUCCAAACAGACAACUGUUAGCAUCACUAAACCUAGUUGAUAUUUAA